AUGUUCUCGCUGUCGCCGCCCCAACCCAGCCUUUUCUUCGCCGCCAAUCGUCCUCGUUUCUCCUCCUACACGCCACAGACACCCUCACCAUUGCGCACCUCAAGGAAUGCAAACUUAAUGUCACAUUCGGGACAGAGAAAUGGCACAUCAACACAGGCACCUCUGUUGAACUCAUCACCACUAGCCAGCAAAUUUGGAGGUGUGGAGACCAAGGAAAACCAGAAUAGCACCGAGCCUGCAAUCGAGCCCAACCUUUUGCAGACUCCAGCCGCCAAACCCAGAGAUGUCAAUUGGAACACGUCUCAACUGGUCACUCCGCCUGACUCUUCCUCGAAUUCUCAAGUUCAACCUCAACCAGGUCUUGAUCAGCAAUCGGCUCUGACAUCUCCUUCGUUCACUUUUGCCUUCGACGCACAAACCUCGACAUCUGCAAACAAACCCCUAUCACAGUGGGAAUCUCGUGCCCGCAGUGCUAGCCCCGCAGCUAGCCUUGCCCGUCAUGCUGCUGAUGGCAGGGAGAAGAAUAAAUCGCAAUUCUUAGACAGGAUCAGACGGCGACGAGACGACAGCCGUGCGGACAACACGGGCGACCAGGUUCUGAGAAUGGACUUUGUCAAAGAGCGGAGGCUGUGGGAGCAUGAGAUGCAGAGACGAGCACUCUUGGAGCAAUCUGUCGACCCGGAAAUAGACGUCGAUCUCGAAAUUGAUGCUGAGAUGAUGCAGGACUCAGCGGAUCAAGCUCAGAUGUCACCUCCUCAGGACCACGACAUUGACCAAACUGAGUUGGCAUCGAACCUCAGGGAGUUGCAAUCAAGGAAUAACAGCCAAGAGUUUCUUGCCGAUGAUAUCGAUGGAGACGAGUACGACGCGCUCUUCAUGGAGAUCUUGUGUCAGGAUCAAACCCAUUCUUUUGAUCACGGACCAUCUCAAGUUCAGAAUGCUCACCCUACACCAAAUCAAUCCCAACAGCGACACGCCCAGGGUUGUACUCGAGACCACCAACAGCCGUUUGAUUCCAGAAUGGAUUUGUCAUGA